CAGCUCGUCCACAUCAACGGGAUCUUCGAUGCCUUUUUUUCUUUUAUACAUUUCCCUUCAUCCCUAGUCUGCUGCAUUCCUCCUUUUUGUAUCUAUUCUCCAUUUCGUACAACCCCGCAUUCCGCCAUCUACCUGUCUAUCCUUUGGGUGCGGUUCUCCGAUGGACAGCUGAACAACAGCGAGCUCGACCGGACCGGUUCGCUCGACAUCGGUUCUAUUGCCUACUUACACUGGAUCGAGAGAAAUGGAUGCGGAUCAGCAAGCCGCACCUGCUGGGGACAUCGGGAAUCAUGUUUUGCCGAAAGUAAUCGUCAUUCUUACAGGUGUUAUAGCCUUGCUCGCUCUGAUAAUUCGCCUUCUUGCGAGGCACAUAAUGAGGAAAUUGGGCAUCGCCGAUAUAUUGCUGGUCAUAUCAAUGAUUUUCUAUAUUGUUCACCAUUACAACGCGUAUCAAGCUGCGAUCUACCCCGGGCUUGGUGUACACCAGUGGCAGUACAAUCCCACGCUCGCUGCUGCGUCGCAUUAUGUAAACAGGCGAAGUUCUUGGAUGUAUGGAGUUGCAUGGCUAACAAUAUUUCAGAACUUUAAACUUGGAAGUGUGUUUUUCGGCCUCAACAUCGUUUUCUUGAAGAUAGCUGUCCUAAUCGACUGGAUUCACACCUUUGUGCCAACAGGUACACGUAACGGCCUAUUCUGGAUCCUGCAUACUCUAAUAUGGACUAAUGCCGUUUUUUAUUUGAUUGGAACCUUUAUCGAGGCAUUCCAAUGUCCGCCUGAGGAUGUUAACACCUCAAGAUGCAACCUGGACGUGCCCAAGUACAACGUGGCCUCGGGCGUUAUCAAUGUCAUAUCUGACCUCACCAUUUUGAUCGCACCGCAUUGGGUUAUAUGGAAGUUGAAUUUAUCGACCGUGAGGAAGGUCGGUGUGUCGGUCCUGUUCGUGAUAGGCGCCCUUGCUACUGGCAGUGCUAUAGCACGCGUAGUCUACGUCUCCUCGGCUUAUCGGACAGGUGAUAUCUUAUUUCAUGUAGUGACUAUCAAUCUCUGGGCAAUAGCCGAGCAGACAUUCGGAUACCUCGUCAUCGGCAUCCCAGCUAUCCCGAAAGUCAUACGUGAUUUACCCUGUGCUAGACACUUGGGGUCACUCGUGCGAUCUAAAUCCAAACCGACGACGAACCCGAGUCGUGGCUAUCCCAAUCAAACAACUUGGCCAAACUGGCCAUCGCGGCGAUAUCGAGAAGUGUGGGAGAACGGCGACGUCGAUACACAUGUUCUUGUAACAAUAGAAGCUGGAAGAAACAAGGAUAUCACAGUACCCGACGUAGCUCAAUUAGGGAAGGAAGAGAGCCGGACUUCUUCGGCAGAUGGAUUGGGAAUGGCAGUUACUAGAUAAUGAUGGAUGACCUUUAUACCCAUUAACUCAUAGUGAAAAUAAUGACAAUAGAUCUAAUAUACCCGUAAAGAUUGGAC